GCCGCUCGCGGAGGCCGCGCUGCGCGCCGGGCGGCGGCGAGGCCGGAAGAUGGCCUGGGUGCUCAAGAUGGACGAGGUGAUCGAGUCCGGACUGGUGCACGACUUCGAUGCCACCCUCUCGGGCAUCGGGCAGGAGCUGGGCGCCGGCGCCUACAGCAUGAGUGAUGUCUUGGCAUUGCCCAUUUUCAAGCAGGAAGAUUCCAGCCUUCCACUGGAUGAUGAAACUAAGCACCCACCCUUCCAGUAUGUGAUGUGUGCUGCAACAUCGCCAGCAGUCAAACUGCAUGAUGAAACGCUCACUUACUUGAACCAAGGUCAGUCUUAUGAAAUUCGGAUGCUGGAUAAUCGGAAAAUGGGAGAUAUGCCUGAGAUCACUGGAAAAUUGGUAAAGAGCAUCAUAAGAGUGGUAUUCCAUGACAGACGGCUACAGUAUACAGAGCAUCAGCAACUUGAAGGUUGGAAGUGGAAUCGCCCAGGAGACAGACUUCUCGAUUUAGAUAUUCCAAUGUCUGUGGGAAUAAUUGACACAAGGACAAAUCCAAGCCAGUUAAAUGCAGUUGAAUUUCUGUGGGACCCUGCAAAACGCACAUCUGCUUUCAUUCAGGUACACUGCAUCAGCACAGAGUUUACUCCACGGAAGCACGGAGGUGAAAAGGGAGUGCCUUUUAGGAUCCAGGUUGACACUUUUAAGCAGAAUGAAAAUGGAGAAUAUACAGACCAUCUACACUCAGCUAGCUGCCAAAUCAAGGUUUUUAAGCCUAAAGGUGCAGACAGGAAACAAAAAACUGACCGAGAGAAGAUGGAGAAGAGAACUGCUCAUGAAAAAGAAAAGUAUCAGCCAUCCUAUGAUACCACGAUCCUCACAGAGAUGAGGCUUGAGCCUAUAAUUGAAGAUGCAGUUGAACAUGAGCAGAAAAAGUCCAGCAAGCGGACUUUGCCAGCAGACUACGGUGAUUCUCUGGCAAAGCGAGGCAGUUGUUCUCCAUGGCCCGAUACUCCCACAGCCUAUGUGAAUAGCAGUCCUUCUGCAGCGCCCACUUUCACCUCCCCACAGCAGAGCACUUGCAGUGUCCCAGACAGCAAUUCUUCUUCCCCAAAUCAUCAGGGAGAUGGAGUUUCACAGGCGUCUAGUGAAAAACUUCAGCCUUCAGCCACGAUCCAGGAAACACAACAAUGGCUGCUCAAAAACAGAUUCUCUUCCUACACAAGACUGUUUUCCAAUUUUUCAGGUGCCGACUUAUUAAAACUGACAAAGGAGGAUUUAGUACAAAUAUGUGGUGCAGCCGAUGGAAUUCGGCUCUAUAAUUCACUGAAGUCAAGGUCGGUUAGGCCCCGCCUAACCAUCUAUGUCUGCCAGGAGCAGCCAAGCAGCACACCACUGCAGGGGCAGCAGCAGGCUGCAGGCAGUGGAGGCGAGAAUGGCAGUGGGACACCUUACGUUUAUCAUGCAAUCUACUUGGAAGAAAUGGUUGCCUCAGAAGUCGCUCGAAAACUUGCAUUGGUGUUUAAUAUUCCUUUCCACCAAAUUAACCAGGUUUACAGACAGGGUCCCAUUGGUAUUCACAUUCUUGUUAGCGAUCAGAUGGUUCAGAACUUUCAAGAUGAGAGUUGUUUUUUAUUCUCCACAGUAAAAGCUGAAAAUGGUGAUGGUAUUCACAUAAUUUUGAAGUGAUGUCUUACAUAGUCUGAACUAUAUUCAGUACCAAAUAAAGUCACGCUUAAAAGUGUGUGAAGACUGAAUCCAAGAAGUCUUGGGAUUGGAUUUUACCGUAUGAAAUGUUUCAUAUUGAAAACACAAGAUGACCUUUCUAAUGAGCUGUAUGAGAGGCGAAUCUCCUCACUGUCACUGCCAUAGCCAAGCAUCCUCCUGAGAGUGAGCACGUCCGGACAGCAUACGUGCAGCUCUGGGGGCCACGGUGCAGGCAGGGCUGCCUGCUUCUCUGGCAGAGGCCAGUAGAUACAGUUCCUAGAAGCAGCCUUUGCUGUCUUUUACACUGUAUGCGGUUUGGAAAUGAAUGUAAAAGCGGACUGUGGGCAUUUACUUUUCUGUGCCAGUUUGGCUUUUGUUGCCUGAACCUUAUGCUGACCUGGGGCAGGGUGUGGGACAGUGCUGUUGUGGAGCCAGCAUGGAAUCUGUCUGCGGAGAGAUGCAAUGUGCUGAUACGGUGAUUGGUGGUCAGGUAAGAGGCUUGGCACCUUCUCAGAAGAAAUCAUGUCUAAGGGUGUGUGUCUGAUGUGAUCAUGCCAGAUCGAGGAAGAUCCAAGCCAGGAAGCCGGGCUUGAAGCAAACUGCAUUAUCAAGAGUACCUUGGUGAGAGGAUCAGUGUAAAUCCUAAUAGGUACAAAGACUUGUGUUUUGCUUUGUCAUAAUUUUAUUGAAAAACUUUUUGCUUCUGCUUCCAUUUUUAGCAUUUCGUUUCUGGUUUUCAUUUUUGAAGUCCCAUUGUCUUUUAAACUCAUGUGGUUUUCUUUCUCUUUUUCCUCCUCCUCUCUGUCUCCAACCACCCUUCACCAUCCUGUUCUUGAACAGUUUCAAAGCCCUUCCCCAGACAUCAGCAAUAGGUGACCUGAGCAGGGGAAAAAGUUUCUGACUUGGUGUUAAGGGGUCCUCGUUAUCAACAAGUUGAAAUUAUUCACGGAACACUAGACAUGGUAAACACUAAAUUGUACCAUAAAAAUUCCAUACACUUCUCAAAUAUUAAGCUUUAGUACAAUCAUGGGUAAACAUUCUGGUUAUUAUUUAGAGGCUUUUUUAUACAUCACGUAAUAGCUGCUUCUUCUAUAAAAAGGGGGUCUCUUUCAUAAAACCAAAUGCUUGUCUGCUAGCAUACUUUUCAAAGGGAAUCCACUUUUUCAAAUCUUCCCAGAGUUCAUCAGCAAGCAUUUUUGAGGGUUGUGGUGUAGCAAAUUCAAUUUUUUUUUUAAAACUUUGAUUCCAUUUUAAUUAUAGCAUCUCUGUCCACUUACCCAGAUUUGAUCCUUAUCUUUGUUCAGGCAAAACAGAAAUGGGUAAUUUUGCGUUUGAAAUCUUUCCCAGAAGAUAAACUACUUCAGUGGGUAAACGUUUGACAUUUUGCUUUAUUCAUAAAGGGGGUAUGAAGAAGCACUGUCUCUAAAUAUUUCCAUCUUCAGUUUGAAAGUAUCUGUAACUCCUACAGACCCUAAAGCAGGAGAGCUUUCCUUUCUGUCAUCUUCCCUUUGCUUUUGUAUGACCACAUGUUUUGUGUACCAAUCACUUGGGAAAGAAGUGAGCUUAUCUCUUGAAUUGUUUUAGAGUUUUGCUUGUCUAUUUAGCAUUCCUUUUUGAGUCUGAAGAUUUAUGGAACAAUAAAUGUCAUUUAAUGCUGUGUGCUAUUUUGAAUUCCUCAUCAGGUUUUAGAAGUGGGGUAAAAAGAAUUAAAAGCUCAUCAAACUUGAAAUUACACCAAGUGGCGGUGAACAUUAGUCUGUCCCAGUGAAACAGGUUCAAUUAUGGCACCAGCAAAUUUGCUACUUUGUUUUUUUAAUAGUAGGAUGUAUACAUUUCAGUAUAAUAAAUGUUUUCCGAUUGUUUUGCAAA